UUAAUAAUCAACUGAUGCAACUAUACAUGUAAGACUAUUCGAAGUGUUUUUAAAGUGGCAUUUUGUUAUCAUUAAAACAAUUGAAUUCUUAAAAAUACAUAAUUCUUAAGUUGAAACCCUUAUCAUAUGACAUGAUUGGCCAUGAAAUACUUUCUUUUUAACUAAAACAUAUUACGUUAACCGGCGAUGUGUGUACUGUUUGUAACGGGACAGCAGAUGACAGAACAAGUGUAUCAGCAAUAUGUUCGACUCUCUCAUUCCAUUGGAACUCGUAUUUACGACUAUAAUCGUUGGUUUUAUUUCGUCGUGUUUAGCACUAUAUUGCACAACAUUGGAUGCAGUUCCAUUUACGGGGCCGUUUCCACGACCAGCCAUUAAUGAGAGCAAACGACGAGGACACAAGGAGUGUAGAUUAAAUGAGAAGGACCAACGCGUUGCAGAUUUUGUUAGGUUUAUAUCCGAAAAGGUUGACAUAAGGAGAAAAUACAUACACAAUGAAUUAGUGAAACAUACAGACUACAUAGAAAACCUAGUUCAAUCAAUCUGUGGGAAGGUUUGUGAAUUCAAUAGAGCGUUUCGGAUAAAAGAAAUAGUACGACGGGGGAGCUUUUACGAUCGCACGAAAAUUGUUGAGCCGAACGAAUACGAUCUGAUGGCCAUUCUUUUAAUAUCGGACAGUAGUGCCAUCGACGUAUUUUUGAACGAAAACUGUCAUUACAAAGAUGAAGGAUGGGGGUAUGGGUUAAUAAAGCUAGUGAAGUCGGAUUUAACGCUCCCUAUUCCAAAGGAUUGUAUGAUUAAAACGUCCCAUGCCGUACACGCUGCCGGAGAAUCUUGGCAACUUAGCUACGUUAUAAUGUACAAACUUAGAGAGGCGGUAGAAUGGGCAUUAAAGGAAAUGAAGGAUGUUAAACUUUUGACGGGCAAUGAAUUUACAUUUCAUAAGGACGAUCCCAAAAAUCCGUAUCAACUCGGGGAUGUAAGCUUGCAUUGGGAUUUACAUGGACCUAGCGUUUGGUUACGAGUGGGGGCACCUCUCUGCACCACUGAUAUCGAUUUGUGUUUUUGUAUCGAGCGUAAGAAUCCAGUGAAAAUUACUCGAAAUAUUCAAAAUUAUGAAGAUAAUACUAAACGCCCACAAAUGGACACACAAAUAUCCACUGUCACGCAUACGAAGUUGGGUAGAUGCGCGAUGAUUCGGGGGGAUACCUAUCAAUGCGACAAAUGCAUUGAAGAUCAUUGGGUGGAGUCCGUCAUAGACCCCUUAAAGAACAAAUGUGCAUGGACAGAUUCACAUCGAUCGCUUUUACUCACGUUCAAGAUGAUAUCGGAGUUCAUGAGGAAGCGAUACAAGUAUGUUGACUUUUUCCCUUCGUAUUAUCUGAAGGUAUUGUUGGUUGAGCACGAAAAUAAAUGCAACGAUGAAACAAACGUAGGGAAAUGCUUUUAUGAUAUCGUCAAUAGAUUUAAAGCGAAUGAUCUUGGACUUGAGGAUUUAGAGACCAUAGACGAGGUAUUUGAAAAUGAAGAUGACGCCAAUACAGAUGAGUUUACGAUUCAAUUGGAAACCGGGAAAUUUCCACGUGUAAAACCAAUUCCAGACAUGCAUUAUCCCAAAAGGAAAAUAUUUGGGAAACUUCACGGAGCUAUAGCCCUCAUUUGGUUUCUACAAUAUGUAAAACAUACACCUAAUACUGAAUGGUGGGCGAAACUCACUGGGUCUGAAUUUGGUGUCCAAGAAAAUGAGCCAUUUAAAUCAUUAACCGAAACAUUCGAAAGGGUAAACACUUGGACAACAUCUUUUCGUACUGGUGACUUGUAUCUCCAUAAUGGUAGUAGACUAGAACUUAAAUGGCAACACGAUGAUGGUACAGAUACGUAUGUGUGUGUUACCCAGUAAAUACCAUAGGCAAAGGCCGCCGAUAGGAAUUAAUUUUUAUAUAAAGAUGGCAUGGUAAUCGAUCUGUGAUUAUUUAUAAAAAGAUAUAAAUACUGGAUUCUGUUGGUGCUGCCAUCUUUAUAUCGGCCCAGAAACUAUAUAGUAAAUACCAAUCCAAGCAUUUAAUGACGAUGGUUAGGAUGAUGAAAAGUUGUCAAAUGCCUUUGUCAUCUGUACACAAAAAUAAAAUGUAACAAAUAAAGUUUAAAAAUGGCCUUUUACACCAUAAUCUA